AUGAGCGGGUCACUAAUGCUCAUUUUCCUUGAAUUCAAUCUACAAAACGGCUCUCCCGAAUGUAAUAACGAUUAUGUUCAGUUUGUGGAUGGUGUUUCAAAUCAGACGUCUAGCAGAUUUUGUGGAACUGAACUGCCACCACCUUGGGUUUCGGACACAGGAUUGGUUUAUGUUCAUUUCGUAAGCGACUCUUCCGUGGGAGGUUAUGGCUAUAUAUUGCAGUUUGAUUCGUAUUAUAUGGAAGCGCGGUCCUUGUUAGGAGAACAGCGUUCACCAACAGAUUGCAAUGAGAUUUUAUUUGAGCAAUCUGGAUUAUUAUCAACACCCAACUAUCCGGGAAAUUAUGAUAACAAUUUAAGAUGUACUAUCACGAUACAUGUUGGUAGCGGACGUAUUUACCUUGAAUUUACGGCUUUUGAGUUCGAAUUUGUCGAUGAGUGCAGAUAUGAUAACGUUCAGAUUAUAGACAAUAUCUCUCGGAGAACCACGCCUUUAUUAUGCGGAGUAUUACCACUUGCCAAUUGGACAUCGGACAGCCAAGAUGUAUCUAUUGUUAUAACCACUGAUUCAGAACAAAGUAGGACUGGUUUCGCUGCAGUGUAUGAAACAUUGCCACCUCUUAAUGAUACCAUGCCUUGCUAUGGUUAUUCAUGUGAUGGUGGAAUCAGAUGUUUGCCGUCAUCUGUUGUAUGCAAUAUGAAUAAAGACUGUGAAGAUCAUUCAGAUGAGGCAGGUUGUACGUUAAAUUUUUGUGACGUAACCCUGACCCAUGACACUGGUUUUGUGACGUCACCAAACUACCCUGACAAUUAUCCAGCGUCGGUUGAUGACUGCGUCACCUCUAUCGAUAUUGGUUAUGGUAGAGUUGAACUCGUUUUUCAGACAUUUGACCUUGAGAACUCAGAGAAUUGCGUGGCUGACUACUUAGCGAUUACAGAUGGGAUUUCCAGUCAAACUCUAUGUGGCAAUUACUCAUUGCCGGAUAUAUGGCUAUCUGAUUCACAUAACGUGUAUAUAAGAUUCCGCAGUGAUGACCAGAUUGGUGGAAAUGGAUUCAACUUGACAUACAGGCGAAUCGAUUAUGACGAGCCGUGUUUUCUGUGUGACAACAAUACUCAGUGCAUUCCACUGACGUUACAAUGCAACGCCUUUUCUGAUUGCGUAGACAUGACGGAUGAAGAAAACUGUCCCACUAGCCCGACGCCAUUUAGACUGACAUCGCCGCAGACAACGCAUUUCUACGUUACGCCUACUUCUAUGCCAAGUAAUCAAACAACAAUUUCUACAAAUUACAGCAGUGAAUGUAAAUCCGGCGAAUAUCGCUGCGACAAUGGACAAUGUAUUCAUCGGUAUUCCAGGUGUAAUCUACUAGUGGAGUGUGACGACAGAAGUGACGAGACGUCAUCAUGCCGAUUUAAUACAUACAAUACAACACACAGUGUGUUUGAUGGCGCAUGGUACAGUAACUUCCUUGAUGUAACAGAUGAACACCAUAUUUAUCAGACAUUUCGUGACGAAUACUACCGUGAUAACGGUUUUGAUAGGGUCAAAGGUGAAGAUCCACCUGACUGGUUAGGUUUCAUGACAUUUAGUUCAUCACCUGAUUUCAGUGACAUCCGUUCUGUUUUAAAACUAACGCCUGAGGAAAUAUACAAUUACGGACACCAGUUGAAUGAUUUUAUUUUACAAUGUAGUUUUGAUCAGCAACCAUGCAAUAUGAGUGAAGAUUUCACAACUUUUCAGGAUGACAAAUAUGGGAACUGUUUUGAGUUUAACCGUGCAGAACCUGGGAGAAAAACACAUGAUGCGACACGAACUGGGGCGAACUUUGGAUUGAAAUUAACACUGUUUAUGGAGCAGUCUGAAUACAUCAGUAUCUAUGGUCGUGAUGCCGGUGCACGUGUAGUUAUUUUACCAAAUGAUGAACCAGUAUUUCCAUAUGAUGAAGGUAUUAAUAUAAAACCAGGCACUGUGACGUCGAUUGGAGUCCGUGAGCAUAAUAUCGAGAGAAUGCCAUCACCUCACGGCAACUGCAGUGAUGGUAAUAAGGACACUCUUUAUGGAAAGGACAAUCGCUAUACGGCAUUGGCUUGUCAGAAAACGUGUCUUUUGAAAAACAUGGGUGAUAGAUGUGGUUGUACAGAUGAUUUGUAUCCGGUAGACGUCCCAGAAUGCUCAGUAUUGAAUAAAACACAAGAUUUAUGUCGCCAGUUAGUGUAUUAUUUAUAUCAUAAAAAUAAGCUGAGUUGUGAUUGUGCGCAGCCUUGUUGUCGAAAUCUUGCGAGUCUGGAAAUCUACUUUGAUGAAUUAAAUUAUGAGCUGAUUGAGGAACAAGAAGCAUAUCCAAUUGAAAACUUAUGCAGUGACAUUGGUGGAACACUGGGGUUGUACAUCGGCAUCUCAGCCAUUACUGUAUUUGAGUUCAUGGAGUUCAUUGGCGACGUGUUUGUGCUUUUACUGGCCCGAAUGAGGGGCAAGUCUAGGAUGUAG